AUUGUCAUACCCCGGGGAGAGAAAGAACCAAUCCAGGAGUGGAAGGGGAAAAUGGCCUCAUUAUACAAGAUAAUACUCCAAGAAGCUGAGAAGAAGGGGAUCUCUAUCCUGGCGGUACCUUUACUAGGCUCUGGUAAAAUCAAGGGAAAACCAGCAGACGCUGUUUAGGUGGCAGUCCAUGCUAUGUUCUCUUUUAAGAGAAAGUCUCUCGUCAAGGUACUGCUCGUAUCAGACAGAGAGGACAUUGUUGACCGGCUGGCUACUAUGUGUGCCUACACCAGCAGUGUGAAAGGUGGAAGACAGUUUUCUCAACCCUCAUCUUUAAACGCGAAAUCAAAAUCAAGACUUGGUGGGGGAACCGAUAGCAGUUGGUCAAGCCUGAAGAGAAAGAAUGGAGACAGAUCAGAUUCCAACAGAAACAGCGAUUACAAUGGUACAUGUGACGGUGGAAUGGUACUCUGUAGUGGACGACAACUACCGCCACGCCCACAAAGUAAGGGUCAGCCACCAUGUCCCAAAGGAAAUGGUAAAGGAAAGAUAACUACCACGAAAAGAAAUCCAUCAUCUUCCGGUAGACCUGACUCAAGAACAAGCCACAGUGGCAGUGGGAACAGUCAUGUCGAACGUGAGUAUAGUCACAGAGAGAGAAGAACAUUGUAUGACCAGGAUGUCCAGAUGGAGAAUCUGAAGACGAGACCAGAGAGAACACGGGGCGGUAGGAACCAUCAUGUCGGAAGGGGGAACAGUUACAGUGGAAGUGGGUACAGUCAUAGUGGGAGAAGCACGUGGUAUGACCAGGGUGACGCCCAGGAGGAGGAACAUGAUCUGAAGACUAGACCAGACAGAACACAAGGCAGUGAACUGAAGAGGGCCAACAAGGCACAACAUAACGAUGAGGAUGAUGAUGAGAAUGUGGUGAAACAAAGGAGACUUGCUCCUCAAAGACGUAAUUAUGAAGACGAAGAUGAUGAUGAAAUUAAUGAUGAUGAUGAUGAGGAAGAAGAGGAGGAGGACACAUCAGAACAAGAAAAUAUUUGGGGACAUGUUUGUGGUAGAAUAGAAAACCAGGAACAACCUAGAAGAGAACUUGCAACAAUCUCAAACGAAAGUGCGACAGUUUCUGCGCCCAUACCUCGACCAUCAUCCCCAGAGGAUGAAAUGAAGGAACAACUCUCCUGCCCGGUGUGUUUAGAUCUGUUCACUGACCCGGUCAUACUGCCCUGUUGCCACUCUUUGUGCAGUGAGUGUGCGGAAACCAUCCGAUCCCCAAAAAGCUCCUUCAAAUGUCCUAUGUGUCUGGCUGUUGUCCAGAAUGGCCCACUUCAGAGGAAUUUUCACUUGGAAGGCACGUUGUCGUCAUGUAACUUCGUAGUGAAGGAGAAGACAGGCGUCUCGAGCUGACCACGUACACAAAAUCAGAUAGUGUAGAGACAACAUGGCGGCUAGUGCCACUGCAGGCAACAGAUACCUAUCAUCGACUGGUUUGUAUAUCGUAACCUAUGUUGGCGACGUCACAAAGGCACAAUCAGAUGGUAUUGUUGUCAGCGAGGGGAAAUCAUUUCGGGGAAUGGGAUAUGUUGCAAAAACCCUUGUUAGGACGGACUCAGAAUUCGACACAAAUCGCAACAAGCUGAUUCAGAAAGAAAAAGCCAAUUUCACACCAUGGAGGGUGUACACAACUGGGAAGUGCGCCAAGUUCCUAUCGGUGUUUCAUGCUAUUGUCAUACCCCGGGGAGAGAAAGAACCAAUCCAGGAGUGGAAGGGGAAAAUGGCCUCAUUAUACAAGAUAAUACUCCAAGAAGCUGAGAAGAAGGGUAUCCGUAUCCUGGCGGUACCUUUACUAGGGUCUGGUAAAAUCAAGGUAAAACCAGCAGACGCUGUUGAGGUGGCAGUCCACGCUAUGUUCUCUUAUAAGAGAACCUCUCUCUUCAAGGUACUGCUCGUGUCAAACAGAGAGGACAUUGUGGAUCAGCUGGCUACUCAGUGUGCCUACACCAGCAGUGUGACAGGUGGAAAACCCCUUUAUCAAAGACCUCCACCAAACAUUAAAGCGGAACGCCCGCUUCCACAACCCCCGUCUUCAAACGCGAAAUCAAAAUCUAAACUUGGUGGAGGAACCGAUAACAGUUGUUCAAGCCUGAAGAGAAAGAAUGGAGACAGAUCAGAGAGAACACAUGAGAAUGUGGUGAAACAAAUGAGACUUGCUCCUCAAAGACGUAAUUAUGAAGAGGAAGAUGGGGAUGAAAUUAAUGAUGAUGAUGAGGAGGAGGAGGACACAUCAGAACAAGAAAAUACUGGGAGACAUGUUGGUGGUAGAAUAGGAAACCAGGAACAACCUAGAAGAGAACUUGCAACAACCUCAACUGAGAGUGCGACAGUUUCUGCGCACAUACCUCGACCAUCAUCCCAAGAGGAUGAAAUGAAGGAACAACUCUCCUGCCCGGUGUGUUUAGAUCUGUUCACUGACCCGGUCAUAUUGCAGCCCUGUUGCCACACUUUGUGCAGUGAGUGUGCGGAAACCAUCCGAUCCCAACAAAGCUCCUUCAAAUGUCCUAUGUGUAUGGCUGUUGUCCAGAAUGGCCCACUUCAGAGGAAUUUUCACUUGGAAGGCACGGUGAGUAUCUACAGACGACAGCGGAAGAUAAGCAACAGUAUGAACUAGUGCUGGCAAAAAUGUUGGUGUGACUGGAAAGGUUAUGAGAUAAUCUACACUUAAUAGGAAUAGGCUUGGAUUGUGAUGAAUUUCAGUCGGACAUACAAAUACUACAAUGGUGUCUGUCAUAUACAUGAUAUACGAUUACAAUAAUACUUGUUCAUUAUAUUACAUUGAGUAAAAACGCCUGUCUACAUGUUAUUCAUAUAUUUGUGUGCUUGUAUAUGUGAAUCAUGUAAACUGACGGGUAAAAGAAAGUUUAUAAAAAUGAAUUUGACCAAAGAAUUACAACGUUAUCAAAACGUUACUAGGCUGAAAGCAGUGUCUGAAACACUGCAAACCUAAGGUCGAAAACACAAAUAUGAUACCCAUA